UCCGAUGUUAAUGGUUCUUACUACCAUGCUCUAGGGUCAUUACGCUUGUAAACUUUAGGAGACCACGCCACGUCUUGUGCGUCAUUGAUUCAUCCUGGACCGGCACCGUGCAUUAGCCUACUUCGCUUAUUUCUUGUAGCAUUGCGAACGCAUGGAAUCAUUUACAGAAGACCAUUCCAAGGCGCUCCUCGCCAAAGAAUGGUUGGUCAAAGUUGACUCGCAGACUUCUACGCCUUAUCUUUUCAAAUUUUUUUGCUCUUCAGUCGAUCUGAUGGCUUGCGUACUCGUCACUGACACCAAAGCUGCGUGGGCCGAGGUCCUCACGAGCAAUCAAUUUGCUCGGCGGUGGCGCACGUGUAACAAGCUCUCCAUUUCUCCUCUGCCGGAUACGGAUGAAGAAGAAUCUUGGCGUGACCAUCACCUAGCGCUCAUAGGCCGCGCGCACUCACUCGGUGGUUUUCUGGGGCUCACGUUGGAGCUGGAAAAACCUACCUCGGGGGAUUUGGCACUCCAGCUGGAAUGCAACAACUGGAAGUGGCGAUGGGAGCCCACCUUUCUCGGGCCCAGAUUAUCCGCAGAAAUCAUAUCAAAACACCUUAUCAUGCCCCUGAUAAGUGUUAAUCACCUCGCAUUCUCAUCCUCCGAUGUUUUGGGUGAACUUGCGCCGGGAGACCUCGAGAAGGCAACAGAUAAAGUUGGACGUACUGCGAGGAGGACGCUCGACACACAUAUUAAGAACGCGCUAUCGAGGCCACGCGUGGCGACGACCCUUCAGCGCAUGACGGCCAUGUUCAACUUCUUACCUGAGCUUCCUGCGAUAAUCACUGACGCGGGAACUCCGGACCUUCGCGCGCUCACGGCAGAUCAAAUUUCGUCGCUCAAAAUAACAGUCCGAGAUACAGAGCACAAACCACAUGUAGGUCUGAUCCAGGAUUACGAUAUGGCGCCUCUGCAAGAGCCCACGCCGCCUAAACUGCCACAGCAGGAAGAUUCUGCCACUGAGUCCGAGUCUGAAGGGGCUGCGCCAAAGCAACGGACCUUGCUCGCCUCUCCCACCCCCAGCCAUCAGCUCCGUGUCUCAGGGCGGCCUCCUUCGGCUGUCCUAUCUAAGGACAGCUCCCCGGCCCUGCCCGGCCGCAGCCGCAGUCGGACAGAAGCCCCCGCAUCAGAGUCCGAUCCCUCGCUCGUGCGUCCAAAUAAGAAGCUCAAGCCUCAGGGUUCAGAUGACGACGAUAGCGAGGAAGAGCGCAAACGACACGCAGCAGCAAUCAAGAGCGGAGCUGCCGCUAAGCGAGGGACGAGACAACCGCUGAAACGAGGGGGCAAGCGUUUCUAG